GGGGGCUAUAUUUAACUCUCGUGGGUACAUCAUGCAAGCCUGUCCAUACCCUGGUGACAGUCGUCGCAUGGACACGGUGGAUCUGCCUAAUCACAUUCAAAUGCGCGUGGUCGCGUCCGACAGCUCGUCCAGUGACGACUCCGAAGACGACGAUAGUAGUAGUGACGAAGGUGACAACUCGCACCCAACGCCAUCCGAUUCGCUCGGGUUUGUCCCGAUCGUGCUCGGGGUCGUGGCCAGUUUGACGUGUGUGGGCACCGUCUCCUGGGGCUGUGUGCAUCCUCGCAUCGAUUGCCGAGUGAGCUGGCCGACCCUGUCCGACGCCGCCCGGUUUCGACCCCAGCAGACACUUUUCGCGGUGGGGGUGUUGCUCACCUCGCUCUUGUGGGUCACGACCGUCUUGCUCUUGCACUGGCACUCGCGACUCCAGCCAGACACGUCUCGCAACCGCGUGCUUUCCAGUGCAAUUCUACUCUGUGGCUUGGCGUCAUCCAUGUGCCUCCUAGCAUUGGGCUUUACGGACACACGAGCUCACUACGCCGACCACAGAAGUGCUACGGUGGGAUUCUUCCUUACAAUAUGGGCCACUGCAGGCUGUAUCUGCGCCUUGCGGCGGCGCCGCUUGACCCCUCCUCCAAGGUCCAUCACGAGGGUGGCUGAGGGUGCAACGGCCACAGGGAUACUCUGCCUUGCAUUUCAUUCGUUGGCAAGUCUGUGCGUCAACAAGGUCUGGCCAAACUCAUUCAGCGUAUCCCUGUCGCAGAUGGCCUUGUCCGAGUAUGCAGUUGUGGCAUCGCUGGUGGUUUUUGUAGCCACGCUGCAGCACGAGUUAGCUCUGCUCACGCCGCUGGUAGAAGCCAAGUACUUUGUCCUGUUGCGACGGGCCAAAGGCAAAUAAAUGAACCCAGACAUGCUAUUAGCU